AUGGAACGUACUCUAACACCGAUGAAUGUGGAUGGAAGCAGUCUGAUAACGCCACAGGCUCGUCUACAGCCCAUUAUCAUCAUCAUCGCCUCAACAACCCUCGUCUUCACAGGAUGCGGUAUAAACUUCGCAUUCGGUGUCUUCCAAGAGCUCUAUGACUCAAUGUCAAAGGAACCAAAUACACCCUUCACCGGCGCAACACCGGCACACAUUGAUCUGAUUGGCACUCUCUCAAUCGCACUGAUGACAAUCGGUGCUCCAUUCGCAACAGCAUGGACAAAACAAUAUCCCCCUCGAUAUGUCAUCUGGGCUAGUGGAAUCAUCCACUCAAGCGCUCUGCUUUUUGCAAGCUUCAGUCAACACCUUUGGCAAUUCAUUCUCACCCAAGGCAUUCUUCUCGGCAUUGCCACUUGUUUAACCUAUAUGCCAUCCGUAACCGUGGCACCGACCUGGUUCACCCAACACCGCGGAUUAGCGAUGGGAAUAAUUCUCGCGGGCACCGGAAUCGGCGGUGUUGCAUGGCCACUGGCUUUCCGAUACCUAAUUGAAUCCGUCGGAUUCCGCAAUACACUCCGUGUCACAGCCGGGAUAUCUUUCAUACUUAUUUGCGGAUCGGGAACAUUUAUACGCUGGCCCGCUAGUCAGAUCACUCGCAUUCAAGCCGAGAACGCCGCUUCAACCCGUGCAUCAACUUUCUUCCGCCUUCCGCUGGUUGACUGGCGCGUCGUUCAAAGCCGCAAGUUUGUCGCUCAUGCUAUGGGUGCAGCAUUGCAAUCUGCUGCAUACUAUACACCGGUAUUCUUUUUCGCAUCCUUUGCCCGUACACUCGGCUACUCACAAGCAACAUCGGCAAACUUUAUUGCCAUCUCAAAUGCUGCAAAUGCGCUAGGCAAGGUUGUUAUCGGCCAUGCAGCUGAUCGUAUGGGAAGACUCAACACUCUGGUAUUAACAACGCUCAUUUCAGCCGUCUCUGUGCUUGCACUGUGGCUUCCAUCGUGUCUAUCUACCACACAAUCUACCGGGAGUACACUCUUCAUCGCAUUCACAAUAUUCUAUGGUAUUUUUGCUUCAGCAUAUGUGGCUCUCUUCCCGACGAGCCUGGUGGAGUUGUUCGGUGUGCAGAACUUUGUCAGUGUCAAUGGCUUGCUGUAUAUGGUGCGAGGCUUUGCGACAUUGGUUGGAACCCCAGUUGCGGGUGCGCUGAUCCGCGGAAAUGGCGAGAAGAGCACCGGUCCGCGAAGCUAUGAGAAUACCAGCGUUAUGGUAGGUGUACUGCUGGUUGUGGCGACGUUGGCUGUGGUUUGGGCGCGGCUUGAGGCUACUCUUAACCUUGAUUCUACAGCAGGGCGCAGAAUGAAGUGGUUGAUGUAA